AUGGAGUAUUCCGUCAAAAAUCUAGUUGUUGACUCCAAUGCUCUUAUUAAAAAUGCUCUGACGUUGGUACGUUCUGAAAUUAGCGUUAAAACCUAUUUCCAGAAGACAGGGGAAAAUGUAUAUUCAGUGUCUGGAGUUGUAAAAGAAUUGCGGGACAAAGAAACGAAGGAACGAUUGAGGAGUGGACUGUUCGAUCUGAAAUUACUGGAGCCCUCACCCGAUUCCAUAAAAAAAGGUGAUUUUCGUGACGAUCUUAUGUAAAAUUUUUAGUGAUUGAUAUCUCAAAGAAAACUGGAGACUAUCCUGUGCUUUCUUUAACCGACAUUAACGUGCUUGCUUUGACUUUGGAUCUACAUAUAAAACAUAAUGGUGAAGGUAGUGUCAAUUACAAUGUGGAGAAUGUUAAGACUUUGAUUGAACGAACGGUCGAUGAAGAAGGGGAGGAGCUAAAAGAAACAAAGAUUCCCGGAUUUGUGAGCCCGGAUUCAGAUGCAGAUGAUGAUGAAGACGAAGACGGCCAUUGGCUCGACGACAGCAAAUUGAUUGGUGCUUUCGGCAAGCAAAGCGAACUCAUGGUGGCCUGCAUGACUUCUGACUUUGCGAUGCAAAAUGUCUUAUUACACAUGAGACUUGGGUUAUUGGCUAUUGAUGGUCAUAGGAUAAGAGGGCUACGGACUUACGUUCUACGUUGCAGGUAAAAAAUGUUUUCCAUUUUAUGAAGUUCAGAUCGUGCUAUAAUUUGCUACGGAAAAUGGACAAAGAAUUUUGUCCUAAGUGUGGAAACAAGAAUCUGCACAGAGUUAGUGUGAAGAUAGAUGAAGAUGGGAGGACCGAAAUCUAUUUGAAUGAACAGAAGCUUCAGAUAACGCGCGGUCUCAGUCAUGUUCGAAGAAAUGUCAGAGGCGGGAAACACGACAACUGCGAAAGAAUCUUUGAGGACCAACGGAUGCCCCAAAAUCGAUUGGCUAAAACGCAUCAGGUAAAGAUAAAUUGGUUGGAAAAAUGGUCUCCAUAACUUUGUUUUACAAGCUUACAAAAAAAAUUUUACAAAUUGUUACCAUAAUUACUAUAUUUUAACGAGUUUUUAUGAUUUUUUAGGAUGGCAUUUCCGAUUCACCUUUCACUACACAUGAUGUGACGUCCAGGUCGGCGAUCCUUGGCAUCAGAUCGCAAUUUCAUUCGAAAGGAGAUUCUUACAAUUCUACGAAUCCACAUGGUCGAAAGAGUGGUCGGAGGGUAUGACUGUUAUUAUUGUUGUUGUUUUUUUGUAUAAAAACUUGUUGAGACUCGGUUGGAUUAAUUUAAGACUGGUCUGCUUCCCUCAUGUUAUACUAUAAUUUGCGCGAAGCGUUAUAAAGUUCUUUGUUCUGUUUUCAGAAAUUGCAACGAUGGUAUGCGAAAAGUGUAAGUUCUGAAUCGCUUCCAAACUGUGUUCAUUCCAAAAUUUUAGGCACAAAUAAGUUAA